AUGUAUUGCCCUCGUUUGUUCAUCUUGUCGGCACUGACUGGCUGCUCAUGCCACCUUGCCCGAGCUCACAGCUCCGAGUCACAGCUCCAAGCAUACACUGUUCCUGCGGGAUUUCCCACCAGCCUCUUCUCGGCCUACUAUAUUCCUCCCUCACCAACUCAAGAACCACAACCGAUCAUCUUUGAUCCCGCGUUAAACGACACCUAUCCCUUGGAAUUGACUGAUCCGGCCACUAUUCCGGAACAAAAUGAAGACCCUAUUUUCUUCCCGGCGCCUCUCUAUACCGUGUCAAACGGAACCGCCAUUGUCGCCGAUGCCAUCAACCGCAUUAACGACAUCAUUGCCGGAAGCGGGUCAAACUGCUCCAAAUGUAUCUCUGCAUUGGAAGUCGGGCAAUAUGUGGCUCAACGAGUUCCUCAGAUGGUUCCAGACAUGUUGGUUGACCUGUGCAUCAGCACCGGAUUCCGAUCCAAUUCUAGUUGCCGCGAAAACUACGAGGCUCAAAAUUACGGUGCAGUUUGGACUCAGGUCCUGUCCCUGGCCCAUGUGUCGGGAUCGGAUGGCCAGUAUAUCUGCAAUUAUCUGAGCAGCGAUUUCUGUCCCCGUCCCUAUACUCUCCCAUCCGACACGUCGGCGUAUUUCGGCCCCAAACCCCACCAUCCCAAGAUGCCCAAGCCAAGUGGCAAGAGAGUCAAAGUCUUGCACAUGAGCGAUAUGCACAUCGACCCUCGAUAUGAUGUGGGUUCCGAAGCCAAUUGUUCCAGUAGCUUUUGUUGCCGUCCUAAUGUCGAGAGCACUUCAGGAGACCUUGAAAUUCCAUCUCCCCUGUAUGGAGCGUUCAAGUGUGACAGCCCCCUCUUCCUGCUGACGUCUGUUUUGGAAUCUGUGGCGCCUUUGACAGGAACCACUCACCAUCAGAAAUCGGACGACGACCGACUUGCAUGGGGCCUUUACACUGGAGACUUGGUAUCCCAUGAAGGCCAAAACGAACUGUCUCGAAAUUACACCAUGUAUGCGGAAUUUUCCAUCUAUUAUCUGCUCAAAUCGUACAUCCCCAGCGGGCCAAUCUUUGCUGCCCUAGGAAAUCACGACAGUAACCCCGAUGGCAUCGAUUCUCUCCAUUCCUUGCCCGGAAAUCUAGGUCAACAACAGUCCUGGAACUAUGAACAUGUUUCUUCUUUAUGGCAACAAAACGACUGGAUCACUCCUGAAACAGCCAACGAGGCUCGUAUGCAUUAUGCAGCUUACAGCAUCAAUCAUCCCAAAUACCCCAAAUUGAGAAUCAUCACCCUCAACACUGAUUUCUGGUAUCGAAGCAAUCUUUUCAACUACAUUAACACCACCCAUCCUGAUGUAAGCGGCCACAUGAAAUUCCUGGCUCAAGAACUUCAGGAUGCCGAAGACAAGAAUGAACGAGUGUGGGUUGUUGGUCACGUCCUGACUGGCUGGGAUGGAACCAAUCCUCUUCCUAACCCAACAGGUGGGCAUUCCAUGGUUUCCCGAACGUACAGCAAUUCACAGGGAGCAGAUCUAUUCUAUCAAAUCGUUGACCGUUAUUCUCCUCAUGUCAUUGCCGGUGUCUUCUUCGGCCAUACCCACGAAGAUCAAUUCAUGAUUUACUACUCCGACAAUGCGACGGUGCAAGAUGCUGCGCAUGCCGUGAAUGUCGGCUGGAUCGGACCCAGCGUUACUCCUCUCACUAACCUCAACAGUGGCUACCGCAUGUAUGAGGUCGACACCGGUGAUUUCUCAGUUUACAACGCAUACACGUACUACUCGAAUGUGAGCGCUUUCGGUAGCAUCAACGCCAGUGAGACUGGGCCAGUUUUCAAAUUCGAAUACUCCGCCCGCGAGGCCUACCCUAUUGGUUGGCCCGAUGACGCUCCAUUGAAUGCCACAUAUUGGCAUCAAGUCACUGAGGCCAUGGCUGCCAAUCAUACUCUGGUCAGCCGAUUCAACACUUUUCAGGGAAAAACCAGUGUCAAGAGUCCCAAUUGUACCAGCAACGCCUGUGCCGAGGCCAAAAUAUGUUAUAUGCGAAGCGGUAAUGUUGCAUUGGGCCGUUCGUGUCCCCAAGGGUGA